CAGAGGGACUCGGGUCCGCUCCUAUCCAGGUCCGAUAGGGGACACUUCCGGUCUAUGAAGCCGCGAAACUCGGCUCCUACCCUUGCCGAGGAGGGACUGCGAUGGUGACGGACACUUCCGGCAGUGAAGUAAAGCAAAGCAGACAUAAGAAGUAAGCAAAUUAUUUUCAUAUCACGGACUUUAUAAAUAUGAAGAAGAAAAACAGGGAACAUAGUGAGAGCCUUGAAACCAGCAAAAAGAAAUGUACGCAGAGUGUAGACAUUUGCCCUCGUUCUCCUUUGCUCUUUGAAGAUCGAUCUUCCCAGGACACUGUUGUACAUAAGAAGAAAUUGAAAAAAAAAAAAAAAAGCAAGCAAGAGAAAAAAGACUUCUUGUUAGAGGAUUCUUGUAUUGGUGGUACGUGUGAAAUAAAUAAUGAAACUGUAACAGUUUCCCAAAAAGAUGCUCCCAAAAAGAAAAUGAAAAAAAAGAAACGGAAACACGGUGAUACUGAACAGGAGCAAAAUAAUGUACUCUGUAUCCCUGUGAACCAAGAGGAUUCUAAUACAUUGCGUGAGAUGGAUGUUAGUUUGGAGAGUGUUGAUUAUAUUUAUGUGGAUACAUCUACUAAGAAGAAAAAAAGAAAGAAGCAUUUGUCAAAAGAGCAGGAUGAGGUAAAUGAGCAGCCUGUCUUGUAUGCAAUUGGAAAUAAUUGCAGAAGUCAAAAAAAGAAAAAGAGAAAGCACACCAGCUCUUGUUCUACACAAGAAACUACAGAUGAAGCCUUUUCCUCAUCUUUUGUGUCCUCUCAUGAUGAGGAUAUAAUGUCAGGAUCAUCUACUGAAAUUAGCACCUCAGUGAUGCCCAAAAAACGCCACAAAACUCAUAAAAGUGGAAAAUUCUUCAAAGAUGACAAUGCUGAUGUGACAAAGAUUUCUUCCGUAGUCAAUGAAAAUCCUCUGAAGGUGACUGCUGACAUUUCUAAAGUUACUUCAGAGACUAAUAAUGGCUGUUUUGAAGAAGCUGUAGCAUCAGUUAGAAAGACUGGAAAGAGAAAUCAAUCCCACUCAGAACAAGUAACCUCAGAAGUUAAGAGAAAGUUACCAGGGUCAGAGGCAUCUGAAAAUGAGGAUGACCAGGAUGGUGAAUUUAGAGAAUCUGGAAACUCUAUCAUGUUCAAUGAUGAAGAGUUCUUUGAAGCUUCCGUGUAUUCAACAAUGGACUUGGAGACUGCAAAACGGGAACUCGAGGAGUUUAUUCCUCACGUUCAUACAAUGUCAGAAAAAUCAAUCCUAAAGAUGGCUACAAGAGACCUGAUCAGGUUUAAAAAGUUUAAAGAACAAGGAAUGUCUAUCAAGUUUGGCAGGUUUUCAAAGAAGGAAAAUAGUCAGAUACAGAAGAAUGUUGAAGACUUUUUAUCACUUACAGGGAUAGAGAAUGCAGAGAAACUAUUAUUUACUUACCGAUACCCAGAAGAGCAAAAAGCCAUCACUUCAUUGAAAGUAAAAUACAUUUUCAGUAUGAAGAUUGCUGAGGGGAUUCCACGGCCCUGGAAACAAGUAUACUUUCGGGCAAGGAAGAUGUUUGACCCAAACAACUAUAAAGGGAGAUAUUCUGAGGACGAAAAGGAAAAACUAAAGAAGUAUUAUACUAUACAUGGAAACAACUGGAAGAAAAUUUCUGAGCUGAUGUCCCGCAGUACCCACUCAGUUGCUAUGAAGUAUUCUCAGAUUAAGUCCCAGGUUAAUUCUGGUCCUUGGAGUCAGGAAGAGACACGGAAACUUCUUCAAGCUGUGGAGGAGACUAUUCGGAAGAGGGCUGAUUUGAAAGACAUAGGAUUGUUGCUACAGGCAGAGAACUCAGAUGGAACUCUCUCAGUUGAACGUGAACAACUCUACAAGAACGUACCUUGGACUGAGAUAGAAGCUAAAGUGGGAACCAGAUAUUGGAGACAGUGUAAACAGAAAUGGAUUUCAAUUGUAACCAAGAAAAUGUCCAAUGGGCAGAAGCUAUAUAGUGGGGCUAAAGGUUUACAGGCCAAAAUCAAUCUUAUUAAGAGGUUGUAUGAAAUGAAGGUGGAAGAUGCUAAUGAAGUGAACUGGGAAGAGCUCUGUGAGAUAAUUGGAGAUGUACCAGAAGCCUAUGUUCAAGCAAAAUUUUACAAGUUAAAAGCUACCAGUGUCCCUUCUUGGCAAAAGAAGACCUUUCCUGAAAUAAUCGAUUACCUUUAUGGUGAGACACUUCCAUUGCUUGAGAAAAGAUUAAAAAAAAGUAAGAAGAGGCUUCAGAGCUCUGACACUCUGCAUUCCAGCAACGAGAAAAAGGUUUUCCAGCUCAGUGAUAUCUUUGACAAUGAUGAAGAUGAUUCUGAAAGCAGUGACUGAUUAUCCUCCAAAAUGCUCCCUUUUUGCACACUCUGCAAAUGAAAAAUGUAUUCUAAUGAAAUUGGGGUUUAAUCAGAAACAGAAUGUACAUGACCAUGAAAUAAUGGGAAGGAUGAAGACACACAAGCCAGCUCAAUUGUUUUGUAUUGAAGAGAGAAGUAAAUAUAGAUAUUUUUGUGCCGUAUCUUUGUUAUUCGAGACUUUUUAACCUUAUCUUCAGAUUGUUUUGGGAAGGUAAUGGUAACUUUGGACUGGACUUAUGAAAAAACUAAAAUGCAAUAUUUUUUCUUAACUCUUCAUUUGGUUUACUAAAUUCUGUCUAACCUUAUCUGAGUGAAUUUCAGUUUUCAGCAUUCUAAUGUCAAAUUAAGCUCUCUUUUAAAAUCUGCCUUUUAAAAAAAUCCAUUUAUUUUAAAUCAGUAAGGAUUUUUUAAAAUUUGGUUUGUAUAGUAUUUAUUUAAAAAAAUGCAACCAGCUCUUUAGGUAAGUAGAGGGUACCACCAGUUUUCAGAAAUAACAACAACUGUAGAUAAAGCAACUUGAAAUGUAAUGACUAAGAAUUUGUAGACUCUGUCAAACAUUUCCCACCUAACUGGAAUAUAAAUGAAAUUAGUGUACGAUUAGCCAGACUGCAGAGAAUUGAUUGCUAUGUGCUAAUUUACAUUAGCAAAUCAGUGACUGCACAGUUGCCCACACGCUUUGAUCUGACUGGCCAAGACAAAUCCAUUUCAGUAUCAUCAUUUAUAUGACCAAACUGAUCUUGACACUGUAAAAAUGGUCAAAUAACUAAAGUUUAUAAACAGAUUGUAUUGAUCUGAAGAAUGUCUCCAGAAAAGCAUUCUUAAGUAUCUUUAUUGCAUAGCCCACAUUGGGCACUAUAAAAGCAUUAGAGUAAUAAUUUUUGAUGAGUUAUAGAACAUUUCUGGGCCUUUGGUUAAAAUGGUGUCUGUGUAUAAAAUGUUUAAAUUAAUUAAGGAGCCAUAGUGUGGUCUCUUACAUACAUCAUGUGGUUGUUUUGGCCUGUGUAUCUUAUAUUUUUCUUAAAGAUAUUAACUUUUAUGAGUAAAAAUGUUUAGGUUGUUUCCUAAGGGGUUGUCUACAAUUGAAAGCUGUUCUAGAAAAAGGAAGAGUAUAAGUUUAGUUCAGAAAACAGGAAUAAUAAGACUGUUCCUGUGGCCAAGCUCUAUAUGUUGCCAGGUCUUUACAACUAAAAUGAUCUAAUCAUAGUUGUUAAAACCAGAUGAUACCCCUGUGGUCAUCUAGUCAGAGCUCUAGCAUAACACACACCAUAGCAUUUCCAUGAAUUCAAUGAUUCAGUGUAGAAAGUUAUUUACCUGCUGAGACCUGAAAUAUUUCUCCAGCAAUAGUUGAUGACCCAAUAACAACUUCAAGGUAAUUUCAAAAUAAAGUGCUAUUUCAAAACGUCCCUUAAACCUUGUGGAACGAGGUUUACAGGGACUCAGGAAUAGCGCUCGCAUUAUUUCAAAAUCUAUUUAAAAAUAACGGGCUGUUUUAAAGACAUGGGAUAGCUAUUUUGGGAGACUUCCAGUAUGCCGAAAUAGCUCCAUAGUGUAGAUGUAGCCUAAAAGAAGUCAGGGAGCUACACUGUUUUAGAUGUUUCUGAUGUUUUAUGUUGGUGCAGCGGAAUUAUAGAAGCUUGAAUUAUCAUUUUAGCAGCUAUUUUGUUUUAAAAGUAGCUGUAAUAUGUCCUGCAUAAAUUCUUAGUAGUUUUGAAUUUCAGGUUACUCUGUUUUCAUCAGUUAUACAACAAAAAAUGGCAUAGGUGCCUUUUUAUUUUGUGAUUAUUUUUAAUGUUUCUAUGAAAACUAAAGUUGUACCCUUAGGAUUCUCUUAAACUUUUUAAUAUAAUGAUUGCAGAGAGAAAAUAGUCAACAGAUCAUAUAUUCUUUUUUUCUUAGAGAAGUAUUUCUUUGUAAAUACUACAAUAAUAUGAAGGUUGGUGAAAUAGAUGAAAACUGUACAUAUGUCUUCAUUUUAUGAUUUAAUUGUUGUAAGUUAAUGGCAAUUUUCUAUAAAAUGUCAAUGUAAAUAAUGUGAUAUGACUGCAAGUAAAGCUAGUUUUUGUGUAGGGAUUGUUCUAUAAAAGACUCAUCAGAAAAUGAGGAUUCAAGCAGCACUGCAACCUGUUAUGAUAUUUAGUGUAUUGCUUAACUUCCAGCUCUGAUUGUUAGGUGAGAAUUUUCUCGCUCACUUUUUAAAAAAGUUUACAGUUCAACAUCAGAAGGCAAAUAAAAAGGAACCAACAUGAAUUAAUUUUAAAGUCUCAAUCAUGAUUUUUGACUGUCAGAUUAGCAAUACUAUAUAAAUGGAGGCUGACUAAUCGUGCCAUACAAUGAUCAAAUUUUAACAUCUGAAAAACAGAGACGCUUGUUCUAAUCAUAUGCACUCAGCCAGACCCAAAGGUUGUUGGCUGUGUGUGUGUGUUCUCUUUGCGUGCUGCACCAGUUCUGAUUGGGUAGCCAGUAUAACUGAUCAAACUGCGCAGGAAGACCACAGAUUCAGAUCUGCAGUGAGGGCGUUCAGCCAUAUUUAUUACCAACAAAGCACAAUACCAAUGCCCAAACCCAAUGGUUAUUAGUACAGAGUGGAGCUGACAGCCUCACUGGGCCCCUAGGCGAGGUGGGGGUUGGCUCCGUGUCCCCGGCGGGGCUUAGGGCAGAAGUGGCAAGGAUGGGGCUAGCUUCUCCCAGGCAGCCUCAGCACUGGGGCUCUGGUAGUGGUUUAAAGGGCCUGGGGUUCUGACCACCACCGGUGCCACAGUUGCAGUGGCCAGGUCCCGUGGGCCCUUUUGAAUCACCAGACCCUGGGAUAGAUGCCCCCUUUGUGCCCUCUCCACUUUGGUGUGCCUGCCAGUACACAUGUAUGCCUGUGAUAAUGGACCAAUUCAAGAAGCAGUAGGACUUUCUACUCCGCCCCCGCUUCUGACCUCUCAUUUGCACUGUGAUACAAAGAAGUUAUGUAUUGUCCAUCUUAACAGGGUUAGUUACCACCAUUUACCUUGUAUUUGUUGGUCCAACCAAAUGUCUCUCUCUAUCAUUGUCAUCCUGACCUUAUUAGGAGGGGUCACGUGUCUGUUGGGAGUAAAUUUGAGGUGCCAUGAUAGACAGUGCGACUUGGCUAAACUGGCUUUUUCCGCCAAAAGACUAAUUAGAAUACUAUUUCAGGAUUUGCACUCAGCACCAAUCAUUUGUUGCACUCAGUACCAAGCAUCUGCUGCACUCAGCACUAAUCUGCAGCACAUGACACUGAGCAGGAUUGCACACGGCACCAUUCCCGUUUUCCUGCCAAACAGACUUUAUAAGCCUGCCUCUUUGAGGGCUCGUGUUCUUCAUUGGUCAUCUUGAUCCCUUGUGUUCAGUGGUGUGGUGAAGAAACUUGGGUCUCUGUGGCGUUCCUCAGUGCUAGCUCUAGCGAAGGCUGGGUGAAGCAUCUGAGUUACAUCAACUAGAGUCUGUUGAAUCUCACCAUCCCCGUGGAGAACCAUUUCAGGCAUCUCCUACCUUACCAGCUGAGUUUGUGGUGAAUACCCAGACAAGGAAGAGUGGAAAAGAAGCCUUCAAGACGGGCUCAGCAGCUUGUAGCGAAAGCUCAAGGCCGCGAUAGAGAACUGUUUUCCUGCCCGUCAUUAACAUCUUGAUAACACCAGCGUGGGACUACCUAGAGAUCCUCCCCAAAAGCUACGAGUUAGCUCUAGGGUUGUAGAUCCUAGGCAUCACUUACCUCACCAUUGACUGCCAUCUGAGUGUAAAGUAUUUCUUUAUUGUAUUGGGAUUAUUCUUUAUCUGUUUGAGACGUGGGUGGAUGUGUUCAAUAUCAAGCGUUUGGGACUUGUUUGUUGUUGUUGUGUUUCUAAAUUUUACAAUAUACUUACCUUUGA